AUGGCAGCGGAGCCUUCUGAGGCGGCCAGCGAGGGAGACAAUGCGGCUUUGGAAGAAACAGAAGCUGACCAGGAUGAGGCGGUUGCCAAAGAGACAAAUGCGGAGAUGGCCGCACAGGCAGCUUCGGAUGAUGCAAUACCGCAGGCUGACCCAGAAGUCGCGAAGGAAAAGCGACGGGUAGCAGAAGAAGCCCCAAUGGGAGCGGAGCCUUCUGAGGCUGUUUCCGAAGAGGAAGACGCUGAGAUGGCAACUGAGGACGUGCAUUCAGCCUCAAGUUUCGCCAUGCAGCAGGCUGAGCAGAAAGCCGCCGAGGAUGAGCUUCCAUGGCACCACCACAAGGUCUCAUGCCAGAUCUCUCUACCAGAGGUCUUGGAGGAGACCGCAGCUGAACUCUUCCAAGAAGCUGGAAUUGAAGCAAUGGAGCAGUUCUUUCACACAAAGCACGGGGUCCAACUUCGCAUUGCACCGAGACCCUGGACUGGCACCCUGGACGGGGUGUGGUUCAAGGUUGACAAAGCUUUGCAAGCUGAUCUCCUCAACGUCAUUCGGGAGAUCUGCAAAGACCAGCCAAAGUCGGCAAGCCAGAUUUGCUUCAAAUUCUCUGCCGAGGUUCCCGCAGAAAGAGAGCACGCAGCUCACGGCGGAGAAGCAGAAGCCGCUCAGGCUGUUUCCGAAGAGGAAGACGCUGAGAUGGCAACUGAGGCCGUGCAUUCAGCCUCAAGUUUCGCCAUGCAGCAGGCUGAGCAGAAAGCCGCCGAG